AUGAAGAGCAAAACCCGCGGCGUUUUGGUGGCUGUGUUGACGGUCCGUGACAUCGAUUUGAGGGAUGCCCCUGCAGCUUUGCAACGAGCCGUCGGCAAGCGGCAUCCGGCUGGUGCAAUGCUCUUCGUGGACAUGGAAGGUGACUCAGAGAUUGGAGAGCAGCGGCAAUCGGAUGUGGCGAAGCUGAAGGUUCUGACAAUGCUGAUGGGCACACCUGUAAAUGUGGGGACAAGAUCCCCGUUGGAGAAGAAGGACUUGCAGGAGUUCGAGGUUCUGCAAGAUCUUAUACUGCGAUGUCUAGCAGCUGCAGAUGGCAUCUUGCAGCGUGCUGGGUUCAAACGCAUCUGCUCUCGUCAAGACAUGGUCACCCCGCACGCUGUCAUUCAUUCCGAAAGAGAGUCGCGACCUGGUGCCAUUGUUGAGAGGUUUGCAGCUCAAGGACGGAGACGUGUCGACAAUACCAGUUGA